AUGGGGUCAAACUUGGUCCAACCGAUGGUUGCAGCACUAAUUUCAGCUAUAAUUGCUGCCAGAGCUUAUAAAAAGAAUUCACUUAACCUCUCUGGGGCUCUUCUUGGUUUCACUGUCAUGACCAUUCAUAUUGCUGUGAAUUACAGGUUUGGAGCUGUGUUGCUCGUCUUCUUUUUCACUUCCUCUAAGUUCACAAAAUUUGGAGAGGAUAAAAAGCGAAAAGUUGAUGCGGAUUUCAAGGAGGGGGGCCAACGCAAUUGGAUACAAGUUCUAUUUAAUAGUGGCAUUGCAUCCAUUUUAGUCUUGAUUGCUUGGAAGUUAGCAGGAGCACAAGAUAGUUGUCUAAAUUCAAAAGAAUCAAGUCUUAUGACUGCUCUAAUGGGUGGUAUUAUUGGUCACUAUUGUUGCUGCAAUGGAGAUACCUGGUCAUCAGAGCUUGGAAUUCUUAGUGAUGAGCAACCUUUAUUGAUCACAACCUUAGAGCCAGUUCAGAGGGGUACAAAUGGUGGUGUAACAAAAGCCGGACUUCUAGCAGCUGCAGCAGGGGGCAGUGUCAUUGGACUGGCAUUUGUUAUUUUAGGAUUUUUCACCACCAAAUGCACGUUAGAUGUAACCCUGAAGCAGCUAUUAUUGAUACCCCUUUCAGCUGUUGCAGGACUAUGUGGAAGUGUUAUAGAUUCUUUGUUGGGAGCAACAUUGCAGUUCAGUGGUUUCUGCAGUGUUCGUAAAAAGGUUGUUGGAAAACCAGGACCAACUGUAAAGAGAAUCUCUGGUCUUAGUAUUCUUGAUAACAAUGCUGUGAACCUCGUCUCUGUAUUUUUGACAGAGGCUAGAAUAGGUGGACCCGUAGAGAACCUGUCAAAUGAUAGGGAUGGUUCUGCUGGUUAA